UAAAACGGAUGUGGCAGUUUCGUACGGGACCCUUCGCGCAGUGCAGUGCUUGGUGAGUGCGAGAUGAAAUAAACACACAGGAGCAACAUUACCACAGAUACCGUGGGUCAGUACUACAGCACCCAGCUCACUCACAGCUUCUCACUGACGCUUUAAUAUUUUGGCAGCUUAAAGUUAAAUAACUGUUAAAGCUGUUGACACUCGGCUGUGUGAAGAAACGCUAAUAGUCGUAUAACUAGAUGCUCGUACAACAGUAGUGUUGUAGCGGCUCACCUGUGAAACGUUAUUCCCCGCUGCUUGGUGUUGGCGUUCCUUUGAUUAGAGCACCCGAGAGCGGCACAAAAGUCUGGCAUCUUCUGUUGUUUUGGGCUGACCCGAAGAACCCCGCUGCAAUAUGGCGGCGGGAUGAACGCAUCGCGGAAGGAGCCUUCUUCUUCUUCUUCUUUGUGUUUAACGGCGGUUGGCAACCAACGUAAAGGAGCAUUACCGCCUCCUACUGUUCCGGAGUAUGGGUCAGACAAUGAGUGUGUGUGCGCUGAAUGAAAAGCAGUUCUUUUCCUGCUGUCAGCUCCUCCUGCAGCAGUCUGAGCAUCUGAGAGAUGGCUGGAGCUGGGAGGCCGUGCAGGGUUCAGAAGAGGGCUACCUCAGGAAGACUGUUCUCAGGUCAGUCGUAGCCGACUGCUGCGAUGCACAGAAACAGGAAGCUGCUUCGGUUUCCCCCAUUUUCGCUCCCCCCAUCCAAGAGCUGCAGCAACAGGAAAGGACGCAGCCUGUUGUUGCUACCCGUCUUCAUUCUGACGGCAUCACAGGCGACGGCGGCGAUGAGGACGAUGCGGUCUGCGUCAUGUCUGAAGGCAGCAGCCACGUGCUUCAGUACGAGUAUCACAUCCUGUACUCGUGCAGCUACAGUGCUCCUGUGCUGUAUUUCAGAGCGUUCACCCUGGAGGGUCGGAGUGUGAUGUUAGAGGACGUGUGGAGCUCAGUUCAUCCAAACUUCAGACGCUGCCUUCAGAACAGUCCUUUGACUGCAAUCACUCAACAGGAGCAUCCUCUGCUGGGUCAGCCUUUCUUUAUGCUCCACCCCUGUAGGACGGAGGAGUUCCUGAGGCCUGUGCUGCAGGAGGAACAGCCCAGGUAGGGGCGCUGAACCACAGCACUGUUAACCCUUUAAAACAGAGCAGCACGCUCUGUUUUGCGUAGCUAUUUUUAAAUCCCGGUAGCU